CCCACUUACCAAAAGUUAUACCAUUUUGACCUUGCGCCAGCCGAAUUGAAAACUUGAUAGCGAGCUGAGAAAAGCUCGCAGGACGGUUAAUCAAGAUGGUGAACCCGGGAAAGCGGAUGCACAUACUGCAAGCCCUACUGGCAUUACGGCAUGGCCCGGGAGCAGCAAUAUUACCACCCGAGAUUACGCGGAUACAUAUGGACUUCGCAUUGAAGUGGAAUGAUGGACACCUUGGACCGAGGAAAUUCUGGAAGAUGUGCCUCCCACGUCUGAAAUUCUGGAAUCCUGCAGUACCUAUGCUCGUAAACCGAACGUCAGAUCAAUCGGCUCCGGCCAAGAUGUCUAUCUACUUCCGACAAGCCGCGCUGGGCUCCGAUACCCCUUCCGCUCUAACCACCAAGCUUAGUGAGCUGCCCUUAGCACGGCAACCGCACUCGAGCACGUCGAACGAGCACCCAGCACCCGAGCCCGAAGAAGGCGAGCGUGUCGUGACGAUAGACAUGAAAAACGUGCACUCGGACGACAUCCUCAACGAAUUCUUGACUAAGACGGGCGCUACUCUCGUCCACCCGACACCCGACGAGCAAGUCGAGAUGCGGCAACUUGAGGAACUUCAGGAGAAAGCUGCCGUCGACAGGGCAAUCAUGAAGAAAUACAUCGACGAUGUGAAGCGCGAGGAGCGCAUACUGGCUAUAGCUCGCCAAGAAGCCGAUGCUAUCAAGAUGGCCAACGAUUAAGAUAACGGGGACCACUAAUUUCUCUCUCCCCCCCUGUCUUCUUUAUGUACCUCUCUAUUUUAGGCCGGAGAAAAAAUUUUCUGCCCCAAUAAAAAGAGAUGGUCGAUUUAUAAAGCUGGCCGAGAGCAGCUACUACAACAACAACAACAACAACAAACCUUUCGAGAGAACCUCUUCUUACGUUCGACUCGUCGCUCUACCUGUACCAAGAUGUGUAUCAUACGCAAUGAUGCUAGGCGCAUUAAACCUCAGGGGAUAUAUAUGUAUAUCGAGAAAAGGAAGUAUAUACCGCGCCUCUGCAAGAAGGCGGGCGUUCAUGAAGGGACGCCUGCCUACCUUACCUAUCAGGUACUGACUGAAUGAAUAAAAAUACCAAUCAGAAGAAAUGCGUAGUCUUUUCUCUCUCUCUCUCUCUCUCUCUCUCUUUCUUCUGCUUCUCUUUCUAUACCUCAGUUUCCACCAUUACAAACUCCUUGC